CGGAUCUGACCGGCCAUCAAGGGAACGUUCCGGAACUUCAAGUCUCUCGUUCACAGAGACCAAUUGUUCCCGAUUUAGAUACAAUACCAUAUUUCGUAUUUGCCACAUUGGCGUUCUCGUUUCAUGGGGCUAUAUGAUUUGGUCCUCGAAAGAGCUGACGUCGGAUUAGGACCCACCACGUCAUCACGCCCAUCUCAUCGAGAUCUGAACUCCCCGUCGAAGGUUCGUCGCAGCGCAGCGCUGAUCGUGUAAGUCUUCCCCUUUUCUGUAGCUGGAGCCUCGAUCUUCUCGAUGAAGAUGAGCACAAUCUGGAGCAGGAAUGACUGAAUGACUGAAUGAAUGCUCCUGGCCUCGAAUAGUUUUCCCUCCAGGAAUUUCGUCAUCGAGGCUGUUCGGAUUCCUGCUCCUGCUCGCUCCGGUAGAAGCUGCUGCUGACAAGCACUUACGGAGACUUUUGAUGUACUCCGGAAAUUGCAACUAGUUGACAAACGCCAAUUACACCGCAAGAAUUCGUGCGUCGAUACGCUCUGGAUGGACGAAAAUGAUGUCCGUGGUACUGUACUCCUUCGCCUCGCCAAGAGAAUUGGAGCACGAAAGCACAUCCGAAGCCUUAGAGCACGACUUCGCGUGUGUUCGCGGCCUGAGCGACUGGUUUUCCAGAGCAGCGCUGAGAAGAUUCCUGAUUGGCGUCGGGUCACAUCGUCGACGUUCGGAACAGCUGAAAUGAGAACGCUCAGACCGAACGAGUGGAAGAAGACUGCGUCUUCCGUUUGGGGCCCGUUUGGGUCCACGGAGAUAAGAAAGGAAAGCGAGAGCGCGAGCCCGGACACGAUGCCAUCAUGCGUAGGGCUGCGUUAGCCGGCGAAAACUUCUGGAGGAGAUCUAACGAAGUCUGCCGAGCUCGCGCAGUCCGAUUAAUCACGGCCAAAAUCGAAGCUCGUAGGAAUCUGAUUUGGUGGGGAUCGCUGUUCUUGAAAUCCGCCAUAAAUUUCUAUAACUGCGGGCAUUCGGAACCAUUCCUCCAUUUGAAGGCAGUAAAACAAAUAAUAAUGAAAAAAACGAGUCUUGCAAAAGGUUCUUGAUUUUGUCGAUAAAGUCUAAUUUGUCUUGCGGCAUGAUCCGUGUCAGAUGCAGUAGAAGAACUUCCCGUAAGAUUUUCUCCCUUUGAGUUUCUCUUUGACCCUUAGGAGCAGUGUAAAGGCUGCAUUCAGGCCCAUACCCAUGCCAAUUUACCGCUCGCGUAAAUGAGCCCUCGGUCAGCCUUACGGAUCUUGUAUG